UCUUACUUCGCUGGUGGACGGACACGCAGGCGGAGGUUCACGCCGCUCAGUCAGUUUAGCUAAUCGCGCCGAGCCGACGAGAUGCAUGCCACGCUGCUUUCUCCGGCUUGCUACUUUAGCCUCUUCGUCUUACUAUUCGUCGCACACAACGUAAACUCGUUCGAAAUCACCAAAAUAAAGCGAGGUGUGGACUGCUUGGAGGAUGGCCGCUUCUAUCGAAAUCCUGAAAGAAAUAUGAACCAAGCAUGGACGAACCACGAGUGUUCCAAAUACUACCUGUGCCUAGACGAAGAGGUAUUCGAGUUUCGCUGCUCGGAAGGGCUAUUGUUCGACGUGACAAGACAAAUCUGCGACUUCCGGGCAAAAGUGUCCGACUGUGACUUGCACGCGGCCGAACCGAGACCACCAAAGCCGCUGCUCGAGGCGGCCGGCUGUGGCAACGGACUCCUCGGCUGUGCAGACGCCACCUGCCUUCCCAGAGACCUUUUCUGCGACGGCACAGUCGACUGCAUCGAUUCUUCUGACGAGGGAUGGUGCGACGUCGAGAACGAUCCAAACGCGGCUCCAGUGUGCAACACAGCCGCCUGUCGGUUACCAGAAUGCUUCUGCUCUCGCGACGGAACCAUUAUUCCGGGAUUCCUCGACCCAAAAGAAACUCCGCAGAUGCUGAUUAUCACCUUUGACGACGCUGUCAACCCAGACAACAUGUUCAUGUACACAGAUAUGCUGUUUCCGAAAAACAAGACCAAUCCGAACGGUUGCCCCUGGCGCGCAACUUUCUUCCUCUCGCACGAGUACACGCACUAUCAGCAGGUGCAGCAGCUGUGGAACCUUGGCCACGAGAUCGCCGUGCACUCGAUAACACACCGAGGCCCUGAGAAUUGGUGGUCGCGAAAUGCAACCAUCGAGGACUGGUUUGACGAAAUGGUGGGUCAGGCGAACGUGGUCAACAAAUUCGGCGGGGUCAGACUGGAGGAGGUGAGAGGUCUGCGUUCUCCCUUCCUCAGGUCUGGUGGAAACAGACAAUUCGCCAUGAUGCGCGAGUUCGGCUUUUUGUAUGACGCGUCACUCGUGGCGCCGAUCUCCGAUCCGCCCCUGUGGCCCUACACCCUCGACUACAGGAUCCCACACAGAUGCUCAGGAAACAAUCAAAACUGUCCUUCCAGGUCCUUCCCUGGGGUCUGGGAGAUGGUCAUAAACCAACUCCAGUAUGAGGGCUAUACAUGCGGCAUGGUGGACAGUUGCCCGCCAAACCUGAACGGCGAGGAUAUUUACAGAAUGCUGCGGCAUAACUUUUACAGACAUUACAAUACUAACAGGGCUCCGUUGGGACUCUAUUUCCACUCGACUUGGUUCAAAAAAGAAGAGUACCUUCAAGCUUUCCAGAGAUUUUUGAGUGAGGUGACUGCCCACCCUGAAGUGUGGGUGGUGACUAACAACCAAGCGAUUCAGUGGAUGAAGAAGCCAAGGCCUGUUUCUCAGCUUCUCAAUUUCGCCGAUUGGAAAUGCGACAGAAAAUUUGACCCGGAAGAAAUGGCGUGCAAUUUUCCAAAGAACUGCAGAUUACAGUCUCGCCCGCAUAAGUCUGAACGCUACCUCUACACGUGUGCUGAAUGCCCAAAGCAGUAUCCGUGGUUACGUAAUGAGUUUGGAGUAGACUUUUAAUUUUAGCCAAAAGCUGAAUGAAUGAGACUAGUUUCGUUAGCUCUUAUUUAAAAUUUGGUUGGCCACUAAGAGAUCAAAAUAAAACUAUUUAUUUUUAGCAUUGCGCACGAGUAGUUAUGUAACAAACAUUUGAUAGCAAUCUUUGACCUCAACCUCUUAGUCACCUUUGCUCUGUUAAUCAAAUGCAUGUAAUAAAAUCUGACCAUAUAUUGUGCAUAUCCCUUAAACCGUGAAAUACAUUUUUGAGGGUAAUGCUGCAAAUCGUUGCGAAACGUCUGGAAAAUAUAAGCGAUAUUCUGAGAUUGACCUUAUAAAUAUUACCAUAUCAGAGUAGAAGGGAGAUGGAAGUAGAGCACAAGCGCAGGAGAGAGGCAGAGGAAUAUUCAUUAAGAGUAUAGGGACUUGGUGGUAGGGGCCAAAGUAUUUCAGUAAAUUGAUUUUUAACUAUAUUUGUACCACGGAAUUUGCUAUUUGUGUGUGUAAGCGAUUGAUGCGACUUUUUUGGUUGUAAUAUUACAUGUUGUGAUUAAAUUAGGAAUACAUAGAUUCAUUUAAA